CCGAGCUUUCUGUCGGAAGGUAAGUUUUUCAAAGCAUACUUUACAUUUUAUUCGUAGACAAGAAAUCCCAUUGUAAAGAACUACUUAUGCCGUCUAGUGCAGUGUAAAAGGAGAUCAGAGUAAUGCCUCUAUUGUUCUCAUUUUGCAGAUUUAAUUUCUACUUCAGAGUUAUUAGCAGAUUGGACGCUAAUGUCAGUCAAUACCUACAACGUCGUUGGAUGCAUCGACGAGAAUUGUGGGCGGCCUGUUUCAGAGAUAACGUGCUGACUUUUGGGAACGAUACAAAUAAUCGUGUCGAGAGUUCCCACAAGCAGAUGAAACGGUUUUUGCAAAGAUCUGAUAGUCUGCAUAAAAGUAUGCUAAAGGUGUAUAAAUGGCAUAAACGAAGUUUUUCAAUAAGACAGCAGGAGGCGAAUAUUGCUCAAUCACGAUGCUUCACGUAUCCCUGUUCACAAAGUUUAAUCCCAAUUAUACGGUUGCUUACACCAUACGCCGCGAGGAAGGUAAUACGUGAAUACCAAUUGCGACGAUGGGCUACUGUUGAGUUCGAAUCCGUUGAUUAUGUAUUUUUCAAAGAAAAUGGGAAAACAGUGCAGGUUGAUCUGAGUACUUGCACCUGCACGUGCUUUACAUUUCAGACCUGUCGGUACCCCUGCCGACACUUGCUUUUGGUCCACUUAAGAAAGCCGUAUUUCACAGUUAACCAUGUGAUGCAUAAUUGCAAACAAUGGACGUGGUCACGCAACUUGUUCGCAUCUCAAAGUACGUCAGCAGUUAUCCCUCGAAAUCGAAGUAACAUAUACGAUACCAAAAAGAAGAUUAUCAAUGCGGGUAUGGACAGAAUUAAUGACAAAUUUGGAGAAGUGUUUGCCAAUGCUUAUGCAGACAGAGUAAUCGCAGGAAUCAAUCGUGUUCUUAAUAUGUAA